AAGUUUCAGCGUGUGGGUGGAUGUGCACGUAUAAUGACGCUUGUUUGAUUUGGUAGGUGAAAACUGUGCGUGUGAGCGUGCGUUUGUGUGUAGGGGGAGGGAGCAGUGACAGUGGUGUGCUCCCGCCUCACUGAGCCCCUCUGGCAAAGAGAGUGAGUGUGUGUCUAUGUGUGUGUGUGUGUGUGUGCGCCUGAGAGAGAGGGUUAUGUGUGAGUCUGUGAGCACAUGAGAAGGGGAAUGAUAAAUCCAGUGGAAAGAGACCAACAUUUUGCAAGAGAAUGGCAAGAAAGGAAUGCGUUUAUCUCCUUUUGGGGGAUUUUUUGCAAAACCAGAAUUUGAUAGACUUGGUUUUUGGGCAUCUAAGUACCAACUGAGACAUUUGGAGGAACAGGUCUUGACUUAGGCACGGAUAAAGAGAGGGACAAAGAUGGGUUGCCUCUUGUAUCUGAGCAGGUGAAACGUCCCAGUCACCAACUUAUUCCUCAGGUGGACUUACUAUCAACAAGGUGACUUUCCAAAGGGAGCUGCAGCCAUGCUGUGUGGUCUGAGGAGAGACUCUAAGAACGAUGAGGGACCAUACGCAAAAGGAAACAAGCAGUCCGGGGUAUCUGACCAAUCGCAUUUCUCCCAGAGGCCCAGCCUUUCAGAAGAGUGCCGAGGAGUGACCACAGUGGACCUGAUGAAAAGAGAAGGCAGCAGCCUCGGCCUCACCAUCUCCGGGGGCUCCGAUAAGGACGGCAAGCCUAGAGUGUCAAAUCUACGUCCAGGUGGGCUGGCUGCCAGAAGUGACCAGCUGAAUGUAGGAGACCACAUUAAGUCAGUGAAUGGCAUCAACCUGUCCAAACUUCGUCACGAUGAGAUUAUCAGCCUGCUGAAGAACAUCGGGGAGCGAGUUGUCCUGGAGGUGGAGUACGAGUUGCCUCCGUUACUCCAGACUCCACCAGGAGUCAUAAGCAAAACCACAGAGGUGUGUUUGCUCAAAGAGGGCAACAGUUUUGGCUUUGUCAUGCGAGGGGGCUUUCAUGAGGACUGGCGCAAGUCUCGUCCUCUGGUGGUGACCCACGUCAGGCCAGGGGGUCCUGCUGACAGGGAGGGCACGGUAAAGGCUGGCGACAGAAUCCUGAGCAUAGACGGCAUGCCUUUAAACCGUGAGAAGCAUGCUGACGCGUUGACCACGCUGAUGCAGAGCAGCCAGGAAGCCUUGUUCCUGAUUGAGUAUGACAUCUCCGUCAUGGAAGCAGUGCAACAGGCCUCGGGUCCUCUGCUAGUGGAGAUAGUUAAAGGGCUCUCCUCCAGUCUGGGCCUCAGCCUAACCACAUCCAUAUACAGGAAUAAGCAAGUUAUCAUCAUCGACAAAAUCAAGGCGGCCAGCGUGGCCGAAAGGUGUGGCGCGCUGCACCCAGGCGACGCCUUGCUGACUAUCGAUGGAACCAGUACGGAACACUGCUCUCUGAUGGAGGCCUUGCAGCUUCUGGGGAACGCCACUGAGGUUGUCAAACUGGAAAUUCUACCAUCCAGUCAGAGCCGGCUGCCUGUCCGGCCACAAGAUACAGUAAAAGUACAGAAGAGCAGUCAUCAUCACUGGGACCAAAGCAGCAACUUCUGCUUACCUCCUCACGGCAGCCUCGGCAAGACAUGGAGCAGCCCGAGCCACCCUCACAACCAGCAGGACCACUGCAAAUCUCUGGUGAGUGGUGGCUUCUCCCCUUCCUCCACAGCCACCUCAGGCUUCAGCAGUCAGGGGAGCAGCACGCUACCCUGCCCCAUGGUGCCCACCGCACCCACCAGUCCUCGGACCUCGACUGGCAAGAGGCGGAACAGAAAGAAGGACCACAAGAGCUCAUUGUCGCUGGCAUCCAGUUCUGUAGGCCCUGGGGGUCAAGUUUUUCACGUGGAAGUGAGCGAGGUCGUCCUGAGGGGGGAUCCGCUUACAGGUUUUGGGAUCCAGCUGCAAGGGGGUGUCUUUGCUACAGAAACUCUUUCUGCUCCACCCAUCAUCCGCUUCAUUGAACCAGACAGCCCGGCUGAGAGGUGUGGCUUGAUACAGGUUGGAGAUAGACUCUUAACCAUUAAUGGUAUCCCUACUGAAGAUGGCACUUUGGAGGAGGCCCAUCAGCUGCUCAGAGACUCCGCUCUGGCCAAUAAGGUUACAGUGGAGAUUGAAUUUGACGUCGCAGAAUCGGUGGUUCCUAGCAGCGGCACCUUCCAUGUCAAACUACCCAAGCGAAGAGGAAUGGAGAUGGGUAUCACCAUCAGUGCAAGUAAGAAGCCUGGCAAGCCACUCAUCAUCUCUGACAUUAGAAAAGGAAGCAUAGCACACAGGACGGGCACUCUGGAGCCCGGAGACAGGUUGCUGGCUAUAGACAGUGUGCGUCUUGAAGACUGCACCAUAGAGGACGCCAUGCACGUCCUGGAUCAGGCCGAAGACAUGGUCAAGCUCCGAAUACAGAAGGACGAGGACAACAUUGAUGAGCUGGAGAUGUCCGGUUCCAUCAUCUACACUGUAGAGCUGAAGAGAUAUAACGGACCUCUGGGGAUCACCAUUUCAGGCACGGAGGAGCCUUUUGAUCCUAUCGUCAUUUCGGGUCUAACCAGGAAAGGCCUGGCUGAGAGGACCGGGGCCAUUCACAUAGGGGACCGUGUGCUGGCUAUCAAUGGGGUCAGUCUGAAAGGCAAAACGUUGAGCGAGGCUAUCCACCUGCUGCAGAUGGCGGGGGAGUCAGUCACCCUCAAGAUCAAGAAACAAGUAGACCGCGUGUCAGCCUCGCCUCGCUCUCAUGAAUAUGAUGCAAGGAGGGUCCUGGACAGAGAAACUGGCUUUCUGAGUGACUUAGAGGAUGAAUUGUUGGAUGCGCAGAGAAUCGCUAAACCCUCCGAGAUGUACUCCGCCACCGUGCCCAGUAUUGACUCCGCCAUGAGCUCCUGGGAUGGCUCGGGAUGCGACCCCGGGUACAAUAGCCAAGGAACUUAUCUACACAAAGACAUGUUACUCAAUGCCAAUGACUGGAGAAGAACAAAGUACAGGAGCCCGGUCGGGUCCAGCUCGACAGGACUGAUGCAGCACUCCGGGCUCUACGACGGGAGACUAACUGAGGAUGACUGGGACAAGAUGCCUGGAUUCAUCAGCCCCCCUCAUUGCCAUGGUACCCUGAAUCAGGACGAUAGCUUUUGGUCUCAAGCUCUGCAGGACCUGGAGACUUGUGGCCAGUCUGAGAUCCUCAGGGAGCUGGAGGCAUCUAUGACAAGUAGCGCUUUUAGUCUCUACCUAGAGGAGACCAAGACUGAUGAGGACUCAAUGUUUCUGUCCGAAAUAAGUCCCAUUAAACAAGCGGAACCUAAAGUGGCACCAAAGAACAGCAGCAACCUCAACAUAUUGAGCGGAUGUGGCAGAGGCUCCAAUAGUUUGUCUUCGAUGACUCUGGCCCUGCACAAGGUGACUAUCAGAAAGGACCCCGAGAGCCGUGACUUUGGAUUCAGUGUAUCUGACGGACUUGUGGAGAAAGGAGUGUUUGUCAACAUGAUCCGCCCCAAAGGCCCGGCGGACCAGGCGGGCCUGAAGCCUUACGAUCGUAUACUUCAGGUGAACCGUGUGCGGACUAGAGACUUGGACUGCUGUCUCACUGUGCCCCUGAUUAUGGAAGCGGGAGGCAGCCUAGAUCUGGUCAUUAGCAGAAAUCCAAUGGAAACAAGCAACACCAAGGGUCUGCCUGGCGACCGCAACAACCCUUCCAUCUCACUGCUCUGCUUUUCUGAGCACUGCACCAAGAGCAUUGCCCUGUGAGCACAAACAUAGACGGGCUGGCACCUCGCACGUACACACUCCCAUCAUUACAUCACUCGCACACUCCUUUCGGUCACAUUGCACCUGCCGGACGUUCAUGACCGGUGUUAAUGUUCACAUGAUGCUUUUCAGAGGGGGCUCCAGUUCACGGGCACUCCUUCCCCACUAGCACAUUGCAAAGCUUUAUAUCACAGCAGCCAUUAUUCACCGGAGCACAUAGCCACAAUUAUUUCUUGAAUUGACUUAUCCACACUAGUAUGCAGUUAAUUCGUUAUAUGCACAGGGUGUUAGGACGUUUAAGGUUCAUAGUGCAUUUGGCAGUUAUUUUCUUGGCUCGCCGCCCAUGUUUCCAUACAGAAGAACCGGACUGCUCCAAAUAGAAUUUUCACUGCCACUACCAGUCAAGCUUCAUAAAAGGUUACAUCGUAUAUGUUAAUCACACUUGCUUGCUUUUCUCGGGGACGUCCUUGGGAGGGAUCACUGCCAAUAUUGUCGGAUUCUUUUCUCCACCUUUCUCAGCAUCACGUUUAUCGCAGCCAAUAUUGUGCCAUUCUUUUUUGUCACCUUUCUCAGCAUCACCACACGCACAUUUACACUUAAUGGGAAUUCUCGGACUUUUCUUUGUGUGACUGUUUAUUUUUUGGGACCACCACCUGACCCAUGUUGCUGGCACGACCUCAGCAAGUGACUUAUUAACUAACAGAAGUGGUGUGAUGUCUUGUUUACCUCCAUGGGGUUGUUGUGAGAGUGA